UCCUGGUGGAGAAAUUACAAACGAAAGGUGAUAGUGUUGUCAUGACUGUGUUUGUGUGAGGCGUUCAUGCCGAUAAAAUAUAUUUAAUUAAUAUUCAGAUUUCAAUAAUUGACUUCACUGUUGACGGAAUGUAAACUUUGAUUUUGAAAACAUGUAUGCUGUUACUGCAGUCAACUUUGGAAUACGAGAGACAAGUAUAGGUGUUACGUUUAGGAACAAUAAAAGGGUCAGUGCAGUUUAUUUCAAUGGGAACGAUGAUGUAGCUGAAAUAACAGCUCCUUCGUGCGCGCUGUUAGAUGAAAAGGGUCGGCUGGACUGUUUUGGAUUUGAAGCCCAACAGAAGUACAAUGAGUUACUCAGUGAAGGCAAGUGUGCAGGUUGGAAAUAUUUUCCAACAUUUCCAGCUCUCAAAAAUCAUCAGUUGAUAAAUGACGAAGUGCAUAUAGCUGAUGAGACCGGUGAGCUUUUCUCUGCCAACAAACUGCUGGGAGAAAUUGUUGAGUAUUUAAAAAACAAGCUUUUAACGAAAAUUCCUAUGUACAGCUCCAUACCUUGGAGUUGGGUCUUCAUUGUUCCAGCAACUUGGAAUACCAAAGCGCAAACCUGCCUUACAAAUUCAGAGAUGCAGUCGAGGUUGAGCGUUGAUACAUUACCUUUAUUGUCGGACGCAGAAGCUGCUUCGUUCGCAUGUCUAGAAGAACUGAAUAACAUUGGAGCGAACAAAAAGUGCCUUUUAAUUAAUUGGAAUGAAGCUUACACAGAAUUUGCUGAAGUUGAAUCAAGUUUUGAUAAGACGACAAGGGUUUCUUUCCUGGAAAGCAAACCUUCGAACGACAUGGAUACUGUUCAGGAAAACAUCCAAUCGUUUAUGGGACUUGGUGCCGAUACUGGGUUUCAAUUUGCAGACUUCACAGACAAAUCGGAGUUCACCCAUAAAUUGAAGUCAGAACUACGAAGCGUAUACCUUGAAAAAAGCGGUCAUAUGAGUUUACCAUUACUUCAUAAUUUUAGACAACGAUUUAGUGAAAUGAGUGACAGUAGAAAACAAGAAGUUUUCGGAGACACGGCACAAAUGCGUGGCAAUAAACUUCGCAUUAAACAUGAAAUGAUUGCACCAUUGGUAAUCGAAUCAUUGGAAAAAACAGUUGGAUAUGUGAAAGAAAUAGUCUCAAGACCAGAGAACAGAGGCGUGACAGACAUCAUAUUUUUCGGCGAUUUUGCCAAAUAUCCAAUUGUAGUCGACAUAUUGAAGAGCAAGUUGAACAUAUCGAUCCAUGUAGCAGAUGAUGUUGAAACGGUUAUACUUAAAGGGGGAGCUUUGUUUUGGCUAUCUCCAGAGAUAGUUACUUCAAGAAUUUUGAGAAUUCCAGGCAAUGAAGAUUACGCAUCAAAUAUAUGGACUGAACCGAAGGUGACAGCACAGCACCUGGUCAUCGCUGCCUUCGAUUUAGGAACCACAUUCAGUGGAUUUGCUUACUCCAUAGGAAAUAACCCGACAGAAAUAUGGGCGAACAAACCUUGGUACAAUGGUGAACAACUUCUCUCGCUGAAAACGCCGACUUCUGUUCUCCUUAAACCAGAUAAGACAUUUCAUUCAUUUGGCUUUGAUGCAGAAAACGAAUAUUCUCAUCUUGCUGAAGAAAACAAUCAUGAAAACUGGAUGUUAUUCAGAAGAUUCAAGAUGUUGCUUCAUCAAACAAAAGAUGGACUUCAUAGAGAAACAACAGUUGAAGAUAUUAGCGGAAGGAAAAUGCCUGCCUUGACCAUCUUUAGUAUGGCCAUUCGAUAUUUGAAAGAACAGCUGAUGGAAACGCUUCUAUCGAGCAAGGCUGGCAUCUCUGAAUCUGAUAUUAUGUACGUCAUAACAGUACCUGCAAUCUGGAGCGAUGGUGCAAAACAGUUCAUGAAAGAGGCGGCAAUAGAGGCUGGUAUUGACGGUAAACAGAUUGGUUUGGCUCUUGAACCAGAGGUCGCUGCGAUUUGGUGUCGGCAUAUUCAAAUCGAUGUGAAGAACGAACUUUUAAAACCGGGAACACGGUUUAUGGUCGUUGAUGUAGGAGGAGGAACCGCAGAUGUAUCUGUACAGGAAAUAACACCCAACGCCAGACUGAAAGAAAUACAUCGUCCAGAUGGCGGGGCUUGGGGAGGAACGAACGUGGAUAAUGAAUUCUUUAAUUGGAUUGAGUCGAUAUUUGGACAAAAAGAACUACACAACUUGAAAAAGAAGCAGAUCUGCGAAUUUUUCGACAUGGUGAAAGAAUUCGAAUACAAAAAACGCAACAUUCGCAAUAAGAAUGUCUUUAUUCAAAUUCCAUUUUCACUUCGAGAAGACGCCAUCAAAAUAGAGAAUCAAAUCGAAAAUCUUGGUCUGUCCACACAAGUCAAACUGAUAAAGGAUAAAAUACAAAUAGGGGCCGAUGUUGCAAAGGGUUGGUUUAGUGCAACAAUUAACAACAUAACCUUGCUCGUUAAGACGAUUUUAGAAGAGCCGCAUUUAGACAACGUCCACUUAGUGAUUAUGGUGGGAGGAUUUUCGGAGUGCAAGCUUUUACAGUCGGCUAUGAACGACGUUUCGCCGAAUGUAAGAGUUUUAAUUCCAGAAGAUGCUGGUAUUGCGGUUUUAAAGGGAGCAGUUGUAUUUGCACGUGAACCUCGCGUGAUUACUUCAAGAGUAAUGCAAUGCUCGUAUGGUAUUAACAAACCUGUUGAAUACGACGCGAAAGAGCACGAUUGCUCAAAGGCCGUGAUUGAAAAUGGGAAGAAGGUUGUUCAUCUUUUUGAACAAUUUGUGAAAAUAAACGAUGAAGUACGAAUUGGAGAAGAAAUUGUAAAAGGUUUUAAACCAACGUCACUAAAUGAAACCAGGUUGGACAUUUACUCCAGUCCUCACCCAAACCCCCGCUAUAUUUCCGACAGAGGGUGUACGAAAAUCGGAGAAAUCAUUGUAAAGCAUGAAAGUGGAAAAACAAUGGAUGAAAAAAUAUUUGAUGUCCUCUUCGAAUUUGGGAAAACGGAAGUGUUCGUCCGAGUAAUUCUGCGCAUUUCUGGGGAACAAUUUGGAACCAAAUUGGAUUGUCUCGAAGCUGAAGGAAAAACAAAACCUGUUUCUGGUUCAUAUCUGAACUCCGACGAAACAAAAAUAAAAUAGCGAGUACGAUAUAUAACAUUGUGAAACUGGAUUAGAAAACAUUCCCUUACAUGUAGCUGUCAACUAUGUGUAAACUGAUAUUAUAAGAUGUGAUUUAACCUGAUUCAUAAAGGACAACUAACAAUGUUUAUACAUAGGAUAGUUAUAUAAAAUGUAUGCACUAUUAGAGGAAUUGCAAAAUGUAACUUGUCCGUUUAAACUACUUUCUGAGUGCUACGUCAUCCAGGGGUGGUAUUCAAUAUUUAACUGAAGUUAAUCUUAUGGUCCUACAUCAUUGAAUUCAUUCACUCUAUUGGUCAGUUAUUAUUGACAAGAAAUCCGAUAAGCUACAUCAUUCUUAGAUCAAUAUCAAAAAUCAAUAUUGAAUAUCAGCCCUGGUGUGUGUAUAAUGCAUAAGUUUUAGGCGUUUAGCCGUAAUCGUGGACGCAUAUAAAUGUAUCAUUCAACUUAUAGAUUCAUUAUGUUGUGUUUAUUAUUAGUUUAAACGUAUUAAUUUUACAACGAUGUUAAAGGUUAUGUUUAUGUCUCUCGUUGGCACAAUGCUACGCGAGAAUGUGAUCUUAUGUUGUAGGUUGUAGGUGAAACCGGAGUUCCCGGAGGAAACCCACUGCUGCACUUAUUGGUUAUGUUAUGCCUGUAAAUUGUUGGAAUGGUCUUAUAUAGCAGUGAUAAAACGACUGUGUCCUAAGAUUGUAUGAACAAUUGCUUGGUGUUUAACUACAAACAAUAAAACAAUAAUGUUUUUUAUGACAAACUUGGGGAACAUAAUAUAAUAAUAUAAAACACAUAUAAUAUACUUUGUAUUGAAACCGGUAGAAGCUUUUUUUGUUAAUGAAAGAGGAGGUACAUGUUAUGAUUCUUUUUAGAUGAAUUUCAUGUUCAUCUUCAAUGUUAAAUAUUAAACCAAAUUCAAAUAAAGAUAAUAAUUAACUUACUUAAAACUAAGUCAAAAUUUCAAAGAAAUAAUUCAAUCCGAAAACUGUUCUAUAUAAAGAAGGGUCGCAACGUUUUCCUAGAUACCAUUUGUUUAGUUUAAACUUAUUUAUUUUACAACGAUCGUGAAACGUGCUUUUGAAACGUAUAUUAACCACUCUCGUUGGCAAGAUGUUGCGCGAGAGUGUGGUCUUGUGUUGUGGGGGGGAGGAACCGGAGUACCCGGAGGAAACCCACUUGUCCGACUUGGUGACCACACACCAAACUCACAUGCGCCCAGGCUGGGAAUCGAACCCAGGUCGCCUAGGUGAGAAGCGAGUGUACUGACCACUGCGCUGCUACAAGAAACUCAUUGAUGUAUAAUAAGCAAACGUCUCAAAAGAUCGUAUGAUUUAUGACAGUUUUAUUAUUAUUUUUAUGAGAACAUUAUUAAGUUUUCCCUUCUCACUGUCAUACCACUAAUUGUUUGUACAUGUUGACUUGUUACAUUCUACCAACCAUGUUUUUACCAGUUACAUACAUACAUACAUACAUACAUACAUGAGUGGGCUUAUGCCACAAUACGUGUUGUUUUGGAUUGCAAGGGUUUUCUGUGUAUAAAGCCUUAAGCAUUUGGUGAAGUUCAAAAAGAAGGCAAUGGUAAAAAACGUUAUUGCAUCUGUAUAACAGAUGUUUCUAACGCUGUUCAACUUCACAUUAACAAAUAUGCAUGGUAUUUUUUCGUGUUAUAGUUACAUCAUGUUGUUUUAAUUAUCAUGUGUUAUUGAAUGGUGUUGAAUUGAAAUAUAAAAUGUUAUGUCAAUGUAUCAGAUACUCACAUAUGUGAUGUUUGUAUGCCUUCUGACCCAUAUUAUAUUGGUAACAUGUGUAAUGAUUUAUGCAAAAAUAAAAUAAGUUUUUACAAAUUGCUUAAAAUACUAAGACGACAUAUAUUUUGUUGUCUUGAAAAGAGUGUAUUACAUUUUACAUCCGAAUUCGGUUAAAGUAAAAUGCAGAUAUACAAACAAUAUUAACGUUCUGUAUAAUGAGUUUCUGUAUUUACAGAUAAGUAGUCAGCAAGAAAUGCCCCAUUCAUAUGAUACCAAACUUGGGUCAAAAGACUACGACAUUUGAAUUAAUGGUUGAACCAUCUGAUAAUCGGUAAAUUGGUGUGUUGGGUGCAUUAAACAUUUCUCUGAAAUAUAUCAUUGAAUAAUCAUGGAAUUAUGAAUCGUGUGUU